AUGGGGGUGAAGUGGAGCCUUCAGUUUGGGGGCACCAUGCUGGGCCUCCUGACCAACGUCCUCACGAUUCUCUCCACGGCCACCAACUACUGGAUCCGUUUCCACGGAGGACACAGUGGCCUGUGGCAGGAUUGUAAUGACGGUGUCUGCUCUAACAUCCCCUGCCAAGGCUUGCUGCUGAUGAUCGCUCUGACCGGCUACACCGUGAAGACUGCGUGGAAAAGCGACGUCUUUUUCUCCUGGUCCUAUUUUUUGGGGUGGCUGGCCUUACCAUUCUCUAUUCUCGCGGGCUUCUGCUUCCUGCUGGCGGACAUGAUCUUGCAGAGCACGGAAGCCAUCAGCGGGUUCCCCGUGUGCUUGUGA